CUGUGCUUAGCAUCAAACAUUUCAACUCAUGUUUUGGUGGGAGGGUCUUGAUAGCCAGCUCUCACGGCGACUCCAUCAAAGCAUCCAACUGUUGUCUCGACGAAAAGAAAAAAAGCAAAAUGUGUUUUCAAGUCACGGAGCUUUACAACAGCUGUCGGUGCUUAUACUACCAACACGCGGUAGAUAGAUGCCCCCAGUACGGUCGGCGUGGCCACACCAUCCGGCAGCAAACCAAGUACGUAGGCAACGCGUGCGCCAAUCACUCACAACGACUCUAUAAUCAAACAUACUCGAAUUCAGACGGCUCAGAUUUUCCAGAUCCUUAUGCGGGCCGUGAUGGAAGACAUGGGAGGCAUGUUGCAGAAAGAAAGCCGAUAGGCACUUCAAAUGAGAAUUUGGAGCAUGACAUCUCAUGCGAUGCAGAGGGAGAUGUGGACAGUUCCAGCGCCAAAUCGCGCCACCCUCAGAAGGGGGAUUCCGCGGUGCCUGCUGCGAGGAGGCCGCUGGACUCACGCGACAUCUACCGGCGCCUUCUUGAGCUCGAGCCGCUGCGUCAUCUAUGGCCGCAGGUUGUACGCAAAUGCAUGUCUACGGACCUCACGCAGGCGAGCAUCGAAAAGUUCGUCCGGCAAUUCUCCUACGACCUUCGUAGCCAGUUCGAUGGCGAGGGAGAAGACGACUUGUCGGCUCGCAUCAAGAAUAUUUUGGCCGAGUCGGUCUACGUGAUUGAGCAUACGAUAUUGGAAGCGCACAGGAAUCCAUGUGAGAAUGAAAGCUUGCUCGAAUGGUGCGGCAGGCUGGAAGACAUGAUGGGACGCAAGGGCUCCAACCAGUACGGGAUCAAAGAACCCGCCUUUACAAACGAGGAGGUGGACAAGAUCCUGCUUGAAUCAACAGCAAUGCGAACGCUGCAAGCCAGAAUGGUGGAUUUUAUAUCUUCGGCUCCGCAAGAGCCUGCGCCGAUGCUGGUUCUUCGGGGGCUCAGAAUGUGGCUUGAGAAUACAAUGGAGUACUUGAUUCGAGUCCCGCCAGGCGCAGCUGUGACCAGAGUCAGCUGGAGAUGUAAAUGCGGAAGAAAUAUCGUGGAUGACUACCUGACACCGACACCUCAGUCUCUUAGCGGCACAGAGUCUGUCCAUACUAUCUCGGACUAUGGCGCCUUUACGAGAUACGUAAAAGCUGGAUUGCCACGCGAGGGGAGCGUUUGGUACAAGUCCAAGGUUACGGCCUCUCCGUCGCCUCGAAAGGCGAGUUGGACGGUCUCAAAUCUCUACCGAGGCCUAUCGAAUCUCGCAACAUCUGUCGCCAAGGGAACGGCAAGACUACCCCGGCACAACCAGGCCGGUGCAACAAGUGACCAUGGCCGUCUGGGUAUGUGCCCACCCACGUUGCCUGGGAUUCAACAAGGCCCAGUGCAGCACAAAUUUGUCCUCUUCUGCGUGCCGUUUAUGCGGCACGGCGCCAAGCUCUUCCAGCCCGAAACCUGCACCAUCAACUCGGAUAGAGAGUUUUUCCAAGCCGUCAGGCACCACUACAGACAGGGAAGAGGUUCGACGGCGUGGUCGAGACUGAGAAAGGUCCGGUCGUUGAAGUUUGUCAAGUUCGAGGUCUACCAAAGCGAACUCGUAGACAUUCAACAGUGCCCAAGCAUGCCGCCCAACCUCCUGGACUACCUCUACGAGCCGGCAGAAUCGAACCCCCCAGUCGGGCCAAACCUGCUGAUGCACCUCUUUGAGCACCCGGACCACGCCGAGGUGCUGCCCGUGCUGUUUCGGCGCAUACCCAAAAAGCUCUCGAGGCUCCAGGCGUGCCAGCGCACGGGCAGCUCGGUGGGCUGGGGUCUACAGAUCCACGAGGGGCUGGACUGGGUGGCGUUGUUCUAUUGCGGCUGCGUUGGGUUUGCGGCCUGUCUGAUCACGGCCGUGGCCUGGACGGUGGUUCGGGACGACGUGCAGGGGGGUUUCGCCAUAGCGAGCUUCAUGCUGGCCUUUCUGGCGUUGUGUGGUGGUAUGGUCCACUCCGAGGUGGCCUAGGGGUGCAGAUCGUAGGGUUGACUUGUGUCGAUAUUACAGAACGAUGUGGCCUCGUGAAAUAAUUGUUCAAUCCGAUAGAGUCAAAACAUGAGUGAGAAUAUCCAGAGACGACAAUGCACAAAAAGGAAACGGAAACGUGCACUCAGUGGUCCAAGCCAGAUUCUGUAAUCAAUACAUCUAUCCCGAGUCUCGCC